AUCCAGCCCUCCCUUUCAACAAGCUUAAAUAUCACCAGCCUGACCCAAUGCUAAACAUUUAGAAUCAGAUUCUGAAUGCACCAUGAAGACCACCAGCAUCUACCUUCUUCUAGGGCUCCUGGCCCUUUCAACACAGUUGCCAUCUGCAUCUUGCAUCUCUGCAGGAGAGAAACCUGGAACUUGCCCCCCAAAUCCAUUUCGGUGUACAUUACCAGGACAUAAUCUAUGCAAUACUGACUCUGAAUGCCCAGGAAUACGGAAGUGCUGUCACUUCAAUUGUGGCAAGAGUUGCAGAAACCCACUAGAGAAACCUGGAACUUGCCCUCCAAAUCCAUUUCGGUGUACAUUACCAGGACGUAAUCUAUGCAAUUCUGACACUGAAUGCCCAGGAAUACGGAAGUGCUGUUACUUCAAUUGUGGCAAGCGUUGCAGGAACCCACUAGUUACUUCAGAUGUUCCUGAUGACAGAUAA